AUGAAUCUGCUAUUCUUUUGUCGAGGAUUCAAAACUGUGGGCCCUUUCGUUGGAAAGACAUAUCAAGAUAUCGCUUCGCGACCCAAUGAAUGGCUGCGUCAGUGGGCGCGUAUUAUUCUAGUGGUCGAGAGAGGCCUAUCACCCCAACAGAGACUUAAUAUGCAGAAAAAGUACAGUCAGUUGAGAGGAAAGCGCACUAUUAUUAAAAUAUGGAAAACCACUGUUAACUUCAGAGAUAGAGUCAUCAGAAUCGGAGAGAUUGAGUCCAUCCGAAGAUUUGUUAUAAAAGACACGAACGAAACCACACCUCAGAUCCGCUAA